AUGAAGUGGCCAGCGGUAGCAGCGGCUAUAGCAGCGGCUCACGCACUCGCAGGGUGGGUGAUUGACCAUAAUACAGGCAUAGUCUGUGACUACGUGCGUGGUACCCCCGAGAACCCCGGUAAUAUCCGCCUCCGACCCACAUACCUUACAUCGACCAGUGUGGCGUAUAUUGCCGUCGCCGAAGCGAAAUUUCGAGACGUCGGCCUCCCCCUGCCUCGCCAGUACCACUACCGAUACUCAGAAGAGCAGUCACGCGUGAAAUUGCCGUGGUCUGAGGUGCAAGUGUUCGGUGAUCACCGCGGUGUUCUCAGUGAAACUAACCCAGAAGUGGUUAUUUCAGUGGAGGAAAGUGGUAAAUGGUGUGUUUAUACUGGCUAUUCGCCUACUGCCAUUGCUGUGGAAUUUAUUAAUGACUACGGAGCUUUGAGCUAUUCUCAUUAUUGGCUCUACCAAGUGACUUUUGGCUCGACUAUUCUUUUGGUGGUGAUCUACGGUAUCCUUAAAUUGACAACAGCUUCCACUACUGCCAUUGGUCAAAUAACAACCUCUACAAUCUCGUUGCUAAUGUUAUUAUCCCUAAUUCAAAUUGGGUGGUGGUUUGUGGCGAAUAAUUGGCUUGGUGCUGGUGCUGGUGUCCCUGAAAACCAAAGGAUUUGGGUCUGGCUAGGUCAAUUGACUGCUCAAGCCCUUGGUUCAUUGGCUAAUGCUAUUGGUCUUUGUGGUCUUUGGCAAGUAGCUCGUGGAGUUGGCACUCGCUACUAUGCUAAUGGUGACGCGGCCAUUGUCCACCAAAAGCGUUUAACUACUUCCACUUGGUAUAUGAAGGCAUUCGUCUUAGUUUCAGUGGUAUCCAGUACUGCCUUAGCCGUGGUUCAUCCUCGAAAUCACCCUAUACAUGGGGACCAAGGACAAGAUCUCCCCUAUACGAUGAUGGCUAGAGGUACAGCAUUAUUACUCCACCGAGUAGUAUGGCUCACGGCGAUAAUUGUUGUGAUUACAAGCUAUAUUCAGUCGUUUAAAGCGAUUUCUCCUCAUUCUCCCUUAAAGCUACCUAUGCACCAAUCUAGGGCAUUGGUGGUUCCCUUGGUUAUACUGGCCGCUAUUGCUGCUACGAAUGACCCUUGGCACCAGCCGCUGACCACAUACUUCGCUAAACUGGCCUAUAUAUGGCUGUUUGUCGUCCCUGCCUUCCUCAAAAUUACCAUCAUUUUAGGGGUUAUUGCAGUGUGGAUCAUCCCUAAACGAGGGCUUCGCCAACCGCUUACAGUGACCACCAGUUUACCUGCUUCGCCGAAGAUUGUUGACCCGCCAAAACCUGACGGCAGUCGUAGUGCUAAAGAAGCCGCUCGCCAGGCUGCUCUCGCCCGCUUCGAACGCGCCCGUCUUACUCCAACGACUCCCUAA